AUGGCCAACGCGGUGGCGUCCUACGACCAGCUGGCCCACCAGGUGGAGGCCCUCCGUAAGGAGAACUCCCACCUGCGACGGGAGCUGGAGGACAACUCCAAUCAUCUGUCCAAGCUGGAGACAGAGACCUUCGGCAUGAAGGAGGUCCUGAGGCAACUGCAGAGCAAACUGGAGCAAGAGGCUGGGACCCUCGCCUCCUCUGGGAGAGCCGACGUUUUGGACCAGCUCAAAGAGUUGCACAUGGACCUUACCAAUUACUAUGAGCUCAAGUAUCAACCCCACAACCUGCGUCUGCUGCCAGACAACCUGGCAGGCAUGACAGCCCACGCUGGGGGAGACAUGCAGGAGCACCUGGCCCUGCCACCCUCCUCCUCCUCCUCCUCAGCCGUGGGGAGAGCCAAGAGCCCCCUGCGGCCAUCCUCCCGCCAGAGCAUGCUGUCUGGGGAGGCCACAGCUCUGCUCCCCCAGCACAUCCUGGACGGAGCCCCGCCCAAAGCCGCUGUGAUUGGUGGAGAGGGACGAAUCAGUGACAUGCAUCUGGAGGAGCUGUAUAAAGAGAGGAACCUGCUGCUAAGUGAGAUUGACAGGGAGGAGAGGGAGCGAUGUUGGUACUACACACAGCUUCAGGGUCUGUCCCAGAGAUUGGCCCAGCUGCCUCGCAUUGACACAUUUUCUCUGCAGAUGGACUUGAUCCGCCAGCAACUGGAGUUUGAGGUCCAGCACGUCCGCUCCGUCAUGGAGGACCGCUUCGGAACUGGCAACGAGAUGGUUCAGAGGACCCAGAUGCGUGUUGCUCGCCUGGAACAGCUGGAGAAAGAGCUCCGGGAUGCCCGGGAGAACCAGGACAACAGCCUGUGUCAGCUACAGAUCACUAGUACCGAGAAGCCAUCUGCUGGUGAAAGUGAGAUUGCUUCUUCUACUGCUGCAGGCCUGGAGGCUCCUGGAGAUGGAGGGAGCAAGGUGGAGAUGGUGUUCUGGCUGCUGUCCAUGCUAGCCAACCGGGACAGAGAGGAGAUGUCGCGCACUCUUCUGGCUAUGUCCAGCUCUCAGGACAGCUGCAUUGCCAUGCGCAAGUCAGGUUGCGUUCCCCUGCUGGUCCAGAUCCUAGAUGAGCCUCCGGGGAGCAAUGGAGAGCCGUGUGGGAGUGCAGGCUGCAGCCGGGAGGCAAAGUCCCGGGCCAGCGCCGCCCUACAUAACAUCAUCUUCUCCCAGCAGGAUGAGGGCCAGGCCCGCCGCGAGAUGCGAGUGUUGCACAUGCUGGAGCAGAUCCGAACCCACUGUGACAGUGGCUGGGACUGGAUCGAGAGCCAUGUGGGGACCCCAUCCCCAGGAGGAACUAAAACCACCGACAUUCCCGAGCCUGUUGACCCUCAGAUCUGCCAGGCCAUGUGUGCUGUCAUGAAGCUUUCCUUUGAAGAGGAGUAUCGACGAGCCAUGAAUGAAUUAGGAGGUCUGCAGGUGGUGGCGGAUCUGAUCCACUUAGACCAGGAGAUGUAUGGCAUGCAAAAUGAUCCGAUCAAUAUGGCACUCCGUCGCUACGCAGGCAUGGCACUAACCAACCUCACCUUUGGGGAUGUUGUCAAUAAGGCCACCCUCUGUUCCAAGAAGAGUUGUCUUCAGGCUCUGGUGGCUCAACUGGCAUCGGACAAUGAAGAACUCCACCAGGUGGUGUCCAGUAUUCUGAGGAAUUUGUCAUGGCGAGCCGACAUCAGCAGUAAGAGAGUGCUCAGAGACAUAGGGAGUGUGUCUGCACUGAUAACCUGCGCCCUUCAGGCCACAAAGGAAUCUACUUUGAAGAGUCUCCUCAGUGCUUUGUGGAACCUGUCAGCUCACAGCAUAGAAAACAAGGUGGCCAUCUGCUCAGUCGAUGGGGCUCUGGGCUUCCUGGUCAGUACACUGACCUACAGAUGUCAAACCAAUUCACUAGCCAUCAUUGAGAGCGGAGGAGGAAUUCUACGAAAUGUGUCGAGCCUGGUGGCCACUCGAGAAGAUUACAGGCAAAUCCUCAGAGACCACAACUGUCUCCAGACCCUACUGCAACAUCUGCGCUCUCACAGCCUGACCAUUGUGAGCAACGCUUGUGGGACUCUAUGGAAUCUUUCUGCUCGCAGUCCCAAGGACCAGGAGCUGCUGUGGGAUCUGGGGGCAGUUAGCAUGCUCCGUAACCUCAUCCACUCCAAGCACAAAAUGAUUGCAAUGGGCAGUGCUGCAGCUUUAAGGAACCUCCUCACCAACAGACCCCUCAAAUAUAAGGACACUGCUGUCAUAUCCCCUGGCUCUUGCAUGCCCUCCCUCUAUAUGAGGAAACAGAGGGCCCUAGAGGCAGAGCUAGAUGCUAAGCACCUAGCAGAGACCUUUGAUACCUUUGAUAAACAAAGCUCCAAGCACCUGAGCCUCAACAAGCCACUGCGACACAUUGAGAGCCUGGCAAAGGACUAUGCCUCAGACUCUGGUUGUUUUGAUGAUGAUGAAGCCCCUAAUGUCUCCAGCAGCCUGGACACUGGGAGUUUCUCAAUGCUGUCCAUGUUUCUGACCAACUCAAACUUCCUCCAAAACCAGACCCGAAAGAAGGAGAAUGAGCCUGAGCGAGAUGUGGAGCCACCUCAGACAGAGAAGAGACAUGUACCUACUGAUGAUAUUGUAUCUGCUGCUGCAGAGAAGUUAGCUAAAAAGAUCACCAACACUGUGGCCAAGAUUGACAGGCUAGUGGAAGACAUCACCAUGCAUACAUCCUCAGAGGACAGCUUCAGUCUCAGCUCAGAGGACCACUUUGCAGAUUGGCCUUAUGGACAGGAUGAGCUGAAUGAGGCCCGUGCCAAGUCAUGCUCCCCUUGCCGUCUCUCUGAUACAAGCAGCUUAGCUCACAGGGACCGUCUUAGCAGAGCCCAUGCUCUUUUGCGUCUCAAAAAUGCUCAUACAAGCUUCUCCACAGAUAGUCUCAACAGUGGUAGUACUAGCGAUGGCUACUGCGGUAGCAAAGACCAGAUCAGGUCCUCAGCAAAAGUUGUAACCAUGCAACAAAAACGGCCCAACCAGCUUGAUCUCAAGGGUGCUUAUCAAGAGUAUCUUAAUGUAGGAUCUGCUGUUCCAAAUGACACAAAUCAGGUAGAUGUUCCAGAGAGAGAUUCUGUGGACAACAAAGCAGUAAAAGCACCAGAACUGAGUAGCACAGACACUGAGAAAAACCAGGAACCACCCCUACAAACACCAACUAGUGAGUCCACUAAAGUCUCCUCUGAUGUAAGCAUGGCCUCUAUUAAGCUGUCUCCCUCUUAUCAACAUGUCCCACUCAUUCAGAGCGUGUCCAAAUUUGGUGUUGCAAAGACAGCCAUUAAUGUACAAGCUGCCCAAGCUAUGAGGAGGCAAGCAUGGGUUCCCACUGUGAUGGCUGGAGGGAGUAUCACUAAGUUUUCAACAAUGAGCUCCAUCAGAAGCCCAACUCUCGGGCCAAUGGAGACAGUCCAGAAGUACUCUGUCGAGAACACACCUAUUUGCUUCUCUCGCAGCAGUUCACUGUCCUCUCUUUCUUCCGGUGAUGGAGCACUUGAUGGACAAAGUCAGAGUGAAAAUGAGUUGGAGAGUGACUCAUCACUGGAGAUCAUUGAGGUGGAAGAUGUGGAAGAGGUGAAGCGAGCUGAGGAGGAUGAAACCUUGGAAGAUCUUAGUGACAGCCAGCUGCUAGUGACUGACUCAAAAACCUUCCCCAGCAAAGAGACUGGUCCUAUUGAAAUACCCUGCCCAGCCAAAAGGGAGAAGGUGUUCCUCAGGGGGGUGUCACCUGCAGUACAUGAAGAUAGGUCCCCAUCCAGUUCUUCAGAAAACUACAUCCAUGAAACCCCCCUGGUCAUGAGUCGCUGUAGCUCAGUCAGCUCACUGGGGAGCUUUGAGUCUCCUUCUAUUGCCAGCUCAAUUCAGAGCGAUCCGUGCAGUGAGAUGAUUGAUGGAACAAUUAGUCCAAGCGAUCUCCCUGACAGUCCAGGACAAACUAUGCCUCCAAGCCGGAGUAAAACACCAUGUUGUGUUGAAUCAAACAGCCAAGAAAUACAGAGUGCUGGGAUAGCAGGUCAGUGGGAAAGCAGUCUGCGCAAGUUCAUGGAGAUUGCAGACUUCAAAGAGAGGUUCAACCUACCUCCUGACCUGGACACCAUGAUCUACUUCACUGUGGAAAAACCCACAGAAAACUUCUCAUGUGCCUCGAGCUUAAGUGCUCUGCCUCUUCAUGAGCACUACAUACAGAAAGAUGUGGAGCUUAAACUGACCCCUCUGCUCCAGCAAAAUGACAAAAACCCUCCAUUCCUGGAUGAGGAUGAGCAUGAGCUUGACCAUGGGGAGCGAUAUAGUGAAGGAAAUUCAGAUGAUGACAUAGAGAUCUUAAAAGAAUGCAUCAACUCGGCUAUGCCCUCCAAGUUCAGAAAAGUAAGACCGUCCCUAAUGACCACCAUACCUCCACAUAUUUUAACCUCCCAGAACAGAAAACCAAUACAUCUACCUGUUUACAUGAUGCUUCCUAAUGCUGGCACUCAGAUGUCUUCAGGGAGAAAACCUGUCAUACCACAGAAGGAAUUUCAACUAGAUGAUUCGUCAUUCACUGAUUCUGCAGAGGGUACCCCUGUCAACUUCUCCAGCACAACAUCACUCAGUGAUGAAACUCUUCAGUAUCCGGUGAGGGAGAAGAGGGCAAAUGAUUGGAGGGUCAAAUGUUUGAACAAACAGGAAGUGAGUAAUGAUGAGGCAAAGAGGAUUGAAGACUUGAGGAUAUUCUCACAUUUCCACAAACCUAAUAGGACAAGCUACCAACCGGACGUACAAGUCAGUCAAAUUAGUCAAACCAGUAGAAAUGUCAUUUCUCCUCAGAGAAUAGCUGACAAAUUGCCAAGUCAGAGAAACCAUGAUCAGUCUCCCAGUCAGCAGAGGCAGAGGCAAGGACAAGUCCAAUUAAGAAAACUGGAGCUGCCUGUCAUCAAGCAAACCUCAGAAAGAAACAAAAAUAAAGGAUCAUUUCAAGGAAACAUGACUUCUCAACUAAUGAGACGUUCAAUACCACCUGAGGAAAUCAACUACUGCUUCCAUGAUGACCAAAAGGAAAAAGAUGAAAGAGGAAUGAAACGAAUAGGAAGAAAGCAGAUAAGAGAAGCAAGUAGAAAUACUCUUUCCCGAAGCAUGACAAAUAUUGGGAGGAUGGAAAAUUCUCAAGUAAAGCCCAAAGGGUUUCAAAGGUUAAAGCAGAAUCUAAUCAAAGAUGAAUCCCCAGCAUGUUACUCACUUAGCUCCUCUCUUAGCUCUUUGAGUGAUGCAGAGUUUGAGGGGCAGAAAUCAAAAGCCCAGCAAUUAUGGGCCAGAAACAGAAACAACAAAACGGCUAACAUGGUGCAACAAACAAAAACUAUGACCAUCCACAGCCAAUAUGAGGAGCAAAGCUCACCGAGCUCAGUUAGUAUGGAUUCAGAAGAUGAUCUCCUUCAGAAAUGCAUAACUUCUGCCAUGCCCAAGCAAAGAAAGAAGCUCACUGCCAGGAAGAAAAAGGCAGAUAAGACUCAAACCCAAAAGAAUAACUUGCAGAAAUCAUCAGAUGGAUGGAACAUGGAACAAGAAUUUGACAGCGAUGAUAUGGCAUCUGAUAAAGACUCAGACCUUAACAGUGUUGAGUGGAGAGCUAUACAGGAAGGUGCCAAUUCUGUUGUAACUGGGUUACAGGCAUCAAAGUCACAAGAACCAUCCUCUGAAGAAACUGAAUCGGUCCUGUCAUUCAUGUCAACAUCCAGCUUUACACCCAAAGAAAAGAAGUUUGCUAAAGACAAAAAAGCAAAUAAACCCCUUGACUUUGCCCAGCGUAAACCAGUUCCGAAUUUACCCGUAGUUUUCAGAGGGAGAACAGUGAUAUACACACCCAAGAAGGAAACAACUCUUUCACAAAGGCCACCUUCUAAGAAAGAAAUGGCCAAGAUAGAUGCUCCAAAGAACCCAAACCUUGCUCAGCAUAGGUCCAAGAGCCUUCACCGAUUAGGCCGGCCCCAAGAUGUUGAGUUGUCUUUGCCUAAAAGGAGCUCUACCCCACCACCAAGGAUACCAAAAAGCUCAUCCUCUGGAUCAUCACAAAGCUCUACACCAUCAAAACAGUCAGAGAGAACUAUAACCUCCCCAACACAAGCAAAUAAAUCUAAUCAGAAGAAUACUUCACCAGCUAGUAGUCCAAAAUCCCCUGUACAUAAAACCCAGAAGUCACCAGUCCGAAUUCCAUUUAUGCAGAGCUCAACAAGGCAACACAGAUCCAUAUCACCACUGGUAACAAACCAGCCAACUACUGUAAGCAGACAAAAUAGUCAGAUCACAGGUAAAAGGGUUCUUCCUGCUAAUCGAUUUGACCUGGUACGGAUGACCUCUGUCCAUUCAAGCAGCAGUGACUCUGAUCGUAAUGGAUUCUUGAGACAACUGACAUUUAUAAAGGAAUCUAAAACUAUGCUUAAGCGUGAUGGACCUACACGGUCCUCGCCCUGCUCUCUGCAUGUCUCCCCCCGCAGAGCAUGCCCAGGUCCCUCUGCAGUCUUCCUUUGUUCAUCAAGAUGUCAGGAGUUAAAGGCUGCCGUCCAUGGUCCAAGGAGAAUGCAGGGAGAGGACUCAGGACAAGGACCCAAGAAAGACCAGAGGCCUGAGCCAGGUGUUCAAAAGCGGGAUACAGCCCUUGCUAGAGCAAGUUCCAGUGAACGAAACCUAUCUGCAAGGCGUCCAGCAAGGAGAACUAGUUCUGAAAGCCCCUGUAGGGUGGCUCAGAGAAAUGGACCUAGCAAAGUUUCUGGAGCUAGGCAGCAACAGGACAGAGAUACCUUUAAGCGCCAUGCCUCUUCCCCAAGCAUAAACAUCCUGAGUCGUGUAACAAGUCGAUCCUCUCUACGCUCCUCAUCUUCUGACUCAAGUGGACGAGCAAAGAGUGAGGAUGAUACAAAGAAGAAAGGGCAGAGAGCUGGAUCCCAAGUGAAAGGAAGAAUCACCUGGAGGAGGAUAAGAGAUGAAGAUGUACCUCAUAUCUUGAAAAGCACUCUACCAGUCACGGCUUUGCCUCUGGUGCCUUCUCCUGAUGGAGAAAAACCUGAGAAACCAGCAAUGCCAGGGAAAGUGGGCACAAUUGUGCUUGCAUCACGAAAGACAAGUGAUGCAACCGUCCAGACAGAUGAUUUAUCCAAUAACAAGACCAACUCGAGCACCUCGCCGACAAUUGAGAAGGCUCCAGUUAUCUCUGAGGAGGCAGCAAGGCUUGCUGUCCUGAGAAAAAUCAGCAUUGCAUCUGGAAACAGCAUCCAUGAUGGAGACUCAAAUGAUUCCCUAAGGAGCCACAGCACAGUCUCCACAGGAACAUCUGAAAGCCACACAGGUGGAGUGGUCCAUUUCCGUCAGGGCUCCCCUAGUAAAGCUGUAAGAGUGACUCCAUUUAAUUACAUCCCCAGCCCUAUGGCUUGCUGCCUACAAGAUGCACAGAGCCAAGCAACCACAAUCAAUGAGAAGUCAGCAGAAAAAACUGAGUUAUAG